CCAACACCUGUUUCAGCCUCACUGUCUGCAGCCCUCUCUACCAGCCGUCACCAUGGCAACGGAGAAUACAAACACAUCACUGAAAUAUGAGGACAUCAUUUCCAAAAGUGUUCUGAUCCAAUCAGGACCUCCUGCUGUCUACCAGCUGAGACCAAAGAUAGAGAACAUUGGAUCUCUAAGAAGAAUGACUCUUGGUGAAAGAAAUGUGAAAAGGAUGAACAAGACCAUUUUGCUUGUGGGUGAAACAGGAACAGGAAAAUCUACUCUGGUCAACGCUCUGGUCAACUACGCCAUGGGAGUGAAGUGGGAGGACGAUGUCUGGUUUCACAUCGUAGAGGAGGAGGAGAGAAUCCAAACACACAGUAAGACAUCAGAUGUGAUGGUGUACCAGAUCUUUGGUUUUGAAGGUGAAACUCUGCCCUACUCUCUGACCAUCAUAGAUACUCCUGGAUACGGAGACACCAGAGGAAUCAAACAAGAUGCCAUCGUCAGUUUUAAAUUAUUAGACUGGUUCCGCUCAGAGGACGGAGUUCAUGACAUUAAUGCAGUGGGUCUGGUGCUGAAAGCGAGUGUAAAUCAUCUGGAUGAGCGACAGAGGUACGUCUUUGAUUCAGUGGUGUCUCUGUUUGGAAAAGACAUGGAGAAGAACAUUGUUGCUCUCAUCACAUUCUCGGAUGGUCUGAUACCUGAAAAUGCUCUGAAAGCCCUGGAAGAGGCAAACAUGAAGUAUGCCAGAAAUGAAAAGAAUCAGCCUGUUUACUUCCUGUUUAAUAACUGCCAGAAUACAGAGAGAACACAGGAAAACAAGUCUGUUUUAGAGACUGCAUGGGAAACAUCAAUGGGAGGAAUGAACAAAUUUGCAGACUUUCUAGAAAAAUCUGAUGCUCAAAGUGUGAUAAAAACUAUUAAAGUGUUGAAGGCUCGAAUCAGACUGACAGCCUGCAUCCAAAACCUGAAAGAGAGAGUUGAGUCAACUGAACAAAAACAGAGAGAAAACCAACAGACUCAGGAAGCUCUGAAGAAACAUGAAGAAGAGAUGAAGAGAAAUGAAGAGUUCACUGUAGAAGUUGAUGAGAUCUACAAAGAAAAAGAAAAUAUCAAAGGUGGGGGGAUGCGGGGUUUUUUUUUUAAUGGAGCUGUCUGCUGUAAAGUCUGUGAGGAGACCUGUCACUAUCCAUGCACACUGACUUGGAGUCCAGGACGCUGUGAGGUCAUGAAAGAUGGCCGCUGCACUGUAUGUACCAGGAAGUGUCCUGUAUCAGAUCAUGUGAAAGAAAAGUGGAGGUUUGUGAACAAGACAAGGAAAGUUCAGAAGACCCUGAGAGAUGUGAAAGAGAAGUAUGAAAGAGGUAAAGCAGGCUGUGAGGAGACAACAAGCCUUUUGGAAAAUCUAGAAAAGCAAAUAGAAGAACUUCAGACAGAAAAAGAGCAGUGGCUUAAUCAGUCCUUUGAGUUUGUUGUCAAACUGGAUCAGAUCGCCCUGACAAAUGACUCACCAUCCAAUCAUGACCACUUGGACUUCCUGAUUGAGAAGAUGAAGGAGAAAGGAGACGCAGAGAAGGUCCAGAAACUGGAGGAGAUGAAACUUAAAGAUGAUAAAGGGCCCAGAGCAGCACCUCAAUACAAACUAACAGUAGCUGUUAAAGCAGCUACAGAAUCAAAGAAAUAGGGGACCGACAUCAUACUGAUCUGUCAAUUGUCUAAACUCUUUAAAGAUCAAAACAGUUUUUUCAUCAGGGGUUACUUCCUCUUUUUCUGCAGCUUUUGACUGUAUCACAUGGCAGCAGGGGGGCAGGUGAAAAAAAAGACACUUUCCGAUUAUUAUUUUAAAAAAAUAUAACAAUUUAACAAAAAAAUUUGUAUAUAUGUAGUAACUGAUGGUGACAAGGAUUUAGUUUCCCAUCUGUCUGCAUCAUGUAAAGAUCUGUCAGCAUAUAACAAACUAGUUGUAUGAAGUUGCUGUUUAAUGCAGGACACUUCAUGUAGUGGUUAAUUUUGAGACUUUGGUCUGUUUUGCUUCCAUGUCUUCUUUUACUCGAAUGGAAAGAAAACUUACAUAAUACACAUUUAGAUGGGGUUUGUUUUAAUCCUGCUACCCUCCGCCUGUCUUCAUCUUUAGAGUGCUUCUAAAUGAACCAAAACAAGCUAAUCUGCAUAUUUAAACAGAAUAUUUUAGGGGAAUGACUGUUGAUGUAAAUCAUUAACUGGGGAUGUUCUGCGGUGAUCUGCUUUAGUUAUUUUGUUUAUUCUUUUCACGUCGAAUACAGUGAUGGCAGAAGUACUCAAUUUUCACACCCUUAUGCCUGAACUAGGACAUUUUAGUUUUUUCUGUGUUGUUUUUUUGGAUCAUUUUGACUUUGUUAGUGCUGUAUUUGUAUUUGUUAUGGCUUGUAUUUGGGCAAAAAAUGAUUUUUAUUUUUUUUUGUUUUGACCCAUUGUUCCAUACUUAUGAUAUUAUGCAAUGCAGACUGCUAAUUCGUACCUCAAGUGAUGGGUUUGGAUGGAAACCAUCCCAUUUAAACCCAUAAAACAUAAUUCUUUGAGGGCAGGGCCAUUAAAACAUGAAAACUGACUUCUAUUUCAUCUACCCAUCAUCCUGACCGAAACCCCCCAAAAUUGUCGUUUUUAAUAUCAUCCACCAGAUAGCGCCACAUAUCCAUGGUUACCCUAUAGAGAAGCCCCUGACUGCAGUGUGUUGUCCAGGCAGUGCUCAACAUGGUCGGUGUCCUAUACAUGGUCCUAUAUAUGGUUCCCUAGUAAAUCACAUUAAGCCUGUGGCAAAGAACCUUGGUGUUUGGUUUGAUAGUAAUUUAAAUUUCGAGCAGCACACCACAAAGCUUGUUCAAUCAUGU